AUGAUGAUUUCAUUGACAGUUGUGAUGCUUUAUAGCUUAGGAUUUGUUCUUCCUGUCUAUGGCAUUAAAGUUUAUCAACAUUUACCUUUGGUUCUUAUGAUUGGACCUAUUAUCGAUAAAAAUAUGCGUACGUUGGGUAUAGAAAACCUAACAAAUGACAAUUCGUGGAAUAGUAAAGACUUCGACGUGUUUUUGAUGUCAGUUUCUGGAUUAAAACCCUUUAUCAUAUUAAGAGAAACCGAGGAUGAAAAUAGAGAUACAGAUGGUGAUCAAAAAGCUAUGUAUAAGACCGAAGAGUUAAAGCCAGAAAUUGAUUUAAAUAAAAUACAAUACUUUUCAAAGUCUUAUCAUAUAGGACGCAUUCACUUAGAGCAAAUUAAUACGCUUCGAUUACUCCACAGAACAAAAAAAAAUAAGUUUUAA